UCCAUGCAGCGGAGAGCGGAGUGGAUCUGACCGCUGAAGGGGGUAUCUCCUCCCGUUACCCAACCAAUGUGAUACUCUCCGGCUCUUCGGGAGAGGUGUUCCUCUGUCGUCUCGAUUGUCUUCACCUUGUUUACUCGUAACAGCAAUAUUUCUUCACAUUCAGAGAAUAAUGGAAGCGCUCGCGACGAGAUGCGCACUGUUUCUUGCGCAGAUCGCACUCUUCAGUAAUACAGCGGAUGUAUCAGAAGCAUAUGGUUUCAGAUCACAGAAAAAACUCUCAGAGAACAUAGAGUGGUCUUAUGCGGGAACUCUAAACCAAAAUAACUGGGCAAAGAAAUACCCAUCAUGCAACAAUGCCAAACAAUCACCAAUAAACAUUGAGGAGAGCCUGGCACAGGUCAAAAUUCAAUUCCAGAAGCUGAGAUUAGAGGGGUGGGCGGAAAAUACAUCAGACUCCACUAUAGUAAAGAAUGAUGGGAAAACGGUGGCCAUUGAUGUGGGAGGAGAUUUUUUUGUGAGUGGAGGGGGACUCAGGUCCAAGUUUAAGGUGGGACGCAUCACUUUCCACUGGGGCCUGUGCAAUGCCUCCACUGAUGGGUCGGAGCACGGCCUCAACAAUGAAAAAUUCCCCCUGGAGAUGCAGAUAUACUGUUAUGAGGCAGAUGCUUUCAGUGGCCUCGAUGAGGCCCUCAGCACAGCAGGAAAGAUCACAGCGUUGGCCGUGCUGUUUGAGAUAAGUACUGAGGAUAAUGAAAACUACAUGGCCAUCAUUGACGCAGUCAACAGUGUCAGCCGUUAUGGAAAGAGCGGCCCUGUCUCUCCGUUCACCCUGCAAGGUCUCCUGCCCAAAUCCACAGAGAAGUACUUCAUCUAUAACGGCUCUCUGACCACCCCUCCCUGCUCUGAGACUGUGGAGUGGAUCGUCUUUAAAAACACGGUGACCAUCUCAGAUGUUCAGCUAGAGAUGUUCUGUGAGGUGAUGACCAUGCAGCAGGCUGGAUAUGUCAUGUUAAUGGACUACCUGCAGAAUAACUACAGAGAGCAGCAGGAACAAUUUAUGGGACAAGUCUUCUCAUCCUACACUGGCAUCGAGGAGGUCCAUACUCCUAUUUGUAGUUCUGAGCCAGAGAAUGUGCAAGCCAACCCUAAUAAUCACACCAGUAUGCUUGUGAUCUGGGAGAGACCGCGGGCCGUUUAUGACUCGAGCAUAGAGAGAUACUCAGUCACUUACCGGCCGGCCCAGGGCGAUGAUGAAUCGGCCUUAGAGUACUUGACUGAUGGAGACCAGGAUGUGGGGGCGAUCAUUCAGGACUUGGUGGCCAACACUAGUUACAUGGUGCAGGUAGUUGCUGUGUGCACCAAUGGUCUGUAUGGCAGAGUGAGUGACCAGCUGACAGUGGACAUGCCCCUGGAUGAUGCUGAAACAGACAAUGACUCCGACUCGUUUGAAUAUGAUGAAGAGGAAGACCAUCACAUCAAUCCCUUUUUGAUCAGACCUGGCACAAAUAAGCUUCCAUAUCCCUUCCAAACCACCACAACCAGCCCAAGAGUUACUAAAACAGAGCGCCCGGGGGCGAUCAUUCAGGACUUGGUGGCCAACACUAGUUACAUGGUGCAGGUAGUUGCUGUGUGCACCAAUGGUCUGUAUGGCAGAGUGAGUGACCAGCUGACAGUGGACAUGCCCCUGGAUGAUGCUGAAACAGACAAUGACUCCGACUCGUUUGAAUAUGAUGAAGAGGAAGACCAUCACAUCAAUCCCUUUUUGAUCAGACCUGGCACAAAUAAGCUUCCAUAUCCCUUCCAAACCACCACAACCAGCCCAAGAGUUACUAAAACAGAGCGCCCGGUCCAUCCAGUCAUUAAGACGACACCAAGGACUCAUGAAAGAAGACUCUCAGUAGAAGACUCCCAGAAGACUCAUGAUCAUUAUUUUCCAGCAGUAUACACAGAUAAACCUACUCUGAAAUACACAGACAAACCUACCAUCCCGGCAACCAUAGCCACCAGUUUUGUUGUGGAUAUACAUACCACUAAACCAGAUGGUUCUAGCAUUGUAGCAGGUGUAUCCUCAGAGUCUGAUGGCCAAAGCAAUACCUUCACAGAUUCCCCAACAAGCAUCACCCCUGAAACAAGCGUCACCCCUGAAACAAGCAGAACCCUUGAAAAAAGCAUAACCCUUAAAACAUUUGUAACAUCACCUUCGAUAUACAUUUCGGAAGUUGAGGAAGUGACUCAACCUGUAACCGACUCACACAGCUAUGGGGAGAGUUCAGUGACUGUAGCACCAUUGCCUGAAAUCCCAGUGGAAUCAACUUCCUCUACCUUCCCCCCAGAGGUCCCUCUGUGGCCUACAACUGCUAACUUGCCUUUUCCAACCACUGAUGCUUUCAGCACUGUUCUGUCGCAGACCACCCAACCAGUGUUUAAUGGUGAGAGUGCUUCGUAUGCCCCCUCUGUAUCUGACACUUUGUCCUACGUGCAUGCAAGUCCUGUGUCACCCCAUUCCUUAAGCAGUGUGUUGUCUGAGCCCAUCCCUGACUGGGACAUCCCAUACACUGUUUCCAAGCUGGUGUAUGGUGGUGCACAGUCUAUCUCCCCUUCCCCUUCCUACCCUACCCUAUUCCUCACCAGCUCUGAGUCUUAUUUAGACAUGGAGCCUGUCUCUAGUGGUGGUUGUAUUGAUGAUGAUGGUGAUGAUGAUAUUUUGUCUGGGUCCAUCUCGGCUGACCCCCAGUGUAGAAGUACUCUUCCCCUUCAAACGUUACCAGAAGUGACUGCUUCUGUGGUCUCCAUGCAGCCAAGCUCUGAACAUGACCUCUCUGAGUCCCCCAGUAUUUUCUCCAUGCUGAGCUCUUUUGCACAUCUCCAGCCUUCAGUUCCUGUCUCUAACGACUACUCUCUGAUGACAACAACCCUCGACUCUGACUCUUCUCUCUCAGGUAGUGUUGGUGACUCUAGACUGCUGACAGAGUGGGUAGAUUCAUCUAUAGUAGCUCCUACCUUUAGUCAAGACAAUGGUGCAUCUAUUGAAAUCUCUCUGCAUGCCUCUUCUAACUUCCUGCUGCCCUCCUCUACUUUGGGACUGUCCCCGUGUAGUGGUCUCUUGGGUGACCCAUCUAGUCCUGUAGAACACCAUUCGUUUCUGUCCACCUUCAGCGCCGGUACUCUUCUGUGCAGCAAAGCAGAUUUGGACCUCCGCAACGAGGCUUUUUUGUCAUCUCUUCCCAUUUUUACCAUGCCGUCUAGUGACCUCAGCAUUUCUGUUUCAGCCACCAACAGCAGCGUUGCACAAAGUACAACUGGACAGUCCCAGGGAGCACCUGUUCCUGUAAGGUCUUCAACUAUUGCGCCAACCUCUACUGCAGAAUUAAUAUUCAAACCUACUCCUGUGGUGCCCCCAACUAUUGCGCCAACCUCUGCCCCAGAAUCCAUCUCUGUGGUUGCUCCUGUGGUGCCCCCAACCGUUGCACUUUCCUCUGCUCCAGAGUCCAGUUCCAUGCCUACACACUCUGCAGAUGGACAUCUGGAGAACAGUGCCUCGGGCUGGGCUCUUGACUUAGAUUUGGGCCAGAGCUCAGCAUCAGGAGAUGAAAGUAUUGUCCCAUAUAUCACCACUGCCACUCCUACAGAGGUACCUCCUGAAGAGAAGGAUGAUGGGAACGAGGAACACUCUUCCUCCUUCUACUUUGAAGGUGAGAAUGGGAAAGAUAGUGAAACUACCGAGUUCAGAGUCACCCUACGCCCUAGCCCAUCCUGGACUCUAAGAGGAAGUGGGGAAGAGGAGAGCGGAUCAGGAGAAAACCUCACAGAUAAUGAGACCUCUUCAGACUUCAGUAUUCCAGAGCGCACUGAGAGGGAUUCAGAGGAGGAACCAGUGGAAGAUGCUGGUAACAGCAGUCAUGAGUCACGGGUGGGCCUGGCAAGCAGCAUUGAGCGCCAGAAGGCGGCUGUGAUUCCUCUGGCUGUGGUCUCCACCCUCACGUUCCUGGGUCUCAUCGUUUUGAUUGGCAUUUUUAUCUACUGGAGGGACAAGAUUGUAGACCUCCACAAGGCUGGAAUGGGCAACAAGACCAUCGCCAAGCAGGUUGGUGAGAAGGUGACAACAGUUGGUGCGAUUAUUCGCAAAUGGAAGAAAUACAAAAUAACUGUCAAUCUCCCUUGGUCUGGGGCACCAUGCAAGAUCUCACCUCGUGGAGUUUCAAUGAUCAUGAGAACGGUGAGGAAUCAGCCCAGAACUACACGGGAGGAUCUUGUCAAUGAUCUCAAGGCAGCUGGGACCACAGUCACCAAGAAAACAAAUGGUACCACACAACGCCGUGAAGAGGAGAACUGGGUGAAAGUGUUGUGGUCAGAUGAGACCAAAAUCGAGCUCUUUGGCAUCAACUCAACUCGCCGUGUUUGGAGGAGGAGGAAUGCUGCCUAUGACCCCAAGAACACCAUACCCACCGUCAAACAUGGAGGUGGAAACAUUAAGCUUUGGGGGUGUUUUUCUGCUACAGGGACAGGACAACUGUACCGCAUCAAAGGGACGAUGGACGGGGCCAUGUACCUUCAAAUCUUGGGUGAGAACCUCCUUCCCUCAGCCAGGGCAUUGAAAAUGGGUCGUGGAUGGAUAUUGAAAGAGUAUUUUGAGGAAGUUCAGACGUGCACCGUGGACCUCGGAACAACAACGGACUGUUCCAGCCAUCCAGACAAUAAGAACAAGAACCGAUACGUCAACAUUUUAGCCUAUGACCACAGCAGAGUGCGACUCGCACCCCUAAAUGACAAAGAUGGGAGAAGUGGAGGGGACUAUAUAAAUGCCAACUAUGUGGAUGGUUUUAACAAACAGAAAGCCUACAUUGCAGCACAAGGGCCCUUAAAGUCCAGCACAGUGGAUUUCUGGCGGAUGGUGUGGGAGCAGAAUGUGGGAGUGAUUGUUAUGAUCACAAACAUCAUGGAGAAAGGAAGGAGGAAGUGUGACCAGUACUGGCCUCUGGAGAACCAGGAAGACUAUGGAUGUUUUUUGGUUACUGUUAAGAGCACAAAAGUCCUCGCGCACUACACCCAGAGAACCUUCACCAUCAGAAAUACCAGCAUAAAGAAGGAUUCUCAGAGAGGUCGUAGUAACGAGAGGACAGUAAUACAGUACCACUACACACAGUGGCCAGACAUGGGUGUACCUGAGUACGUCCUGCCAGUGCUUUCAUUCGUCUACAAGUCCUCUAGAGCUCAAACAGACCACAUGGGGCCAAUGAUUGUACACUGCAGUGCUGGAGUGGGCCGAACAGGGACCUACAUAGUGUUGGACAGCAUGUUAAAACAGAUUAAAGGGCAGGGGACAGUCAACAUUAUGGGCUUCCUCAAACACAUUCGUACACAACGGAACUAUCUAGUUCAAACAGAGGAGCAAUACAUCUUUACCCAUGAUGCUCUAGUAGAGGCCAUUUUGAGUCAAGAGACAGAGGUGCCAUCAAGCCAUAUUCAUCAGUAUGUUAACAACCUCCUAACCCCAGGGGCCUCAUGUAAGACACAGCUGGAAAAGCAGUUUAAAUUGGUGUGCCAGUCGAAUGCCAAACAGAAUGAUUACAGCAGUGCCCUGAAUGACUGCAACAGAACAAAGAACAGGAGCUGCUCUCUGAUUCCUGUGGAGAAAUCCAGAGUGUGUUUGUCCACAUCAGCAGGAGAGACGUCUGACUACAUCAAUGCCUCAUAUGUCAUGGGCUAUCGGCAGAGCAAAGAGUUCAUCAUUACCCAGAAUCCUUUGCCCAGCACAGUGAAGGACUUGUGGAGGAUGGUGUGGGAUCACAACGCCCAGGUUAUUGUUUCAUUGUCGGACAUGAGUAGCACGACAGAAGACAGCGAGCCAAUCAUAUUCUGGCCUGUGAGAGAUCAGCCAAUCAGCUACGAGACGUUCUCUGUAUCGUUACGAGGGGAGACCCACGUGUGCCUGUCCAAUGAAGACAUGUUGAUAGUGCAGGAUUACAUUCUAGAGGCCACACAGGAUGAUUUUGUUUUAGAAGUGAAGCAUUACCGGGCUCCACGCUGGCCAAACCCAGACAGUCCCAUCAGUAAUGUCUUUGAGCUGAUCAACAUCGUCCAAAAAGAGUCCGGCUCCAAAGAUGGACCCAUGGUCGUACAUGACGAGCGUGGUGGUGUGACGGCUGGAACGUUCUGUGCGCUGUUCACUCUACUGCAGCAGCUUGAAGCCGAGAGUGUGCUGAACGUCUACAUGCUGGCCAAGAUGAUCAACCUCAUGAGGCCUGGAGUCUUCUCUGACAUUGAUCAGUAUCAGUUCCUCUACAAAGCCAUCCUGAGUUUGGUCAGCACCCAAGAAGACGAGCGAGCGUUUCAGUCUUCAGACAACAACAGCACGGUCCCAGGAGGCGUCUCGAGUGCGGCCGAGAGUCUGGAAUCUUUGGUGUAACCAUAGUGACGAGCCGGCACAGGAAAAAGACUUGUUUUUCUAUCAAAGAAUGCUCUUGUUUCCCCCCAGUCCAUCUCUGGACUGAUAGCGCUCUGCUGGAUGCAGCGCUGUCAUUAACUGUGUGCCUUUGUACACUCCAUGUUUUUAUUCAUUGUUUCUCUCUUAAAUCGCCACCUUGUGCUAAUGUCUUACGUACUAAUGUCUUCUCAUAGAGUCAUAUUUAUUUGCUUAAAAGCUUGUUUAAAAGGGAAAACACCAUUUUUAUUUUAAUAAGACUGUUUUUUAUUAGUCUAUUUUUUAAAGUAGAAUUUCAGCCACAGUUUUUUCAUUCAAAUAUACAAAGAAAGUGGCAAAAUCAGUCAUGGAUAAAGGGCAGGAAAUAAUAUUCUAAUGUGUAAAUAAUAUUACAGCAACCACGUCGAUGGACCAAAUUUCUAUUUAUGUCUAGAAUUUUAUAUUUGAGGCACUAGUGCUUUACAAGACAUGGCUGCGUUUGAAUAAUUUAGUCACAUUUGAAAUGAUGUUUUAAUAUUUCUGAUGCCUCUCUGUUUUGUUAUUGACGUAAGAUGAUGCAUUACAUACUGACACUGUUUAGCUGUACAAGAUGUUUUUGUCUGUUCGUAGGAUUAAACCAAACAAGAAAGCACGCGAGGAGACUGGUCUGUUUAUGCUGGGAUAUUUCAUGUGCUUAGACUUUAUAAUUCUUGUUUUUUGACAAUAUAUUUAAAAGGAAUAGUUUGUUUAAUAAUGUUAAUACACCACAAAAAUAUUUUCCACAUUACCC